AUGUUUAGUGUAUGGUCGUGUAAAUAUUGCACUCUUCUGAACGAUAAUACAUCUCUCUUUUGUGCUUCCUGCGGGUCACAGAAUCCAACUUCAUCGACCAAUUCCAUUUUACGUCCUCAACGUCCUCAAUUAUCCAAAUGGCGAAAUUUUAAUUUUAAAAUUGCAUUAAAUGGUGCUUUGAAUGCAAUUGAUUCAGCUUUAACUGAUAUUCAAACGCUACCUGCCGCUUUAGGCUUAUCACGAUCUUCAUCAUGUCCUCUUCCUCCAUCACCAACAAGGGUGCAAUCUCCGGUAGUGCCAUGUCAAGCCAUUUCGACAUCAUCAUUUCAACUGUUGCAAAAUGAUGAAAAAGAAGCUGCAUCCGAAUUUGAUCGGAUUGUUGGAUUCUGCAAGGAAAAUAAUAUGCCAUUUAUUGACGACAGUUUCCCUCAUUCAACAAAAUCCAUAGGUAAUUUCAUUAUUGAUGGAAGAUUAGAUGGUAAAAAGUUAAAUGCGAACGAUUUCAUCUGGCUUCGACCACAAGACAUAUACACGAAGGAUGGCAGACGUUACAGAUGGUCCGUAUUUUUGGAUCCCAAACCAUCGGAUAUUGAGCAAGGUUGCUUGGGUAAUUGCUGGUUUUUGUCAGCUUUAGCAGUUAUCGCUGAAAGACCAGAUAUUCUAGAUCAAAUUUUUCUGACAAAAGUUUAUAAUCCCUGGGGAGUUUAUCAAAUACGCUUGUGUGUUGAUGGUCAUUGGCAGGUGGUUCUUAUUGAUGAUUUUCUUCCGUGCCAUUCGCAAACUCAUGGACUUGCUUUUGCUGUAGGACGACGCAAUCAGCUUUGGGUUCCUUUGAUCGAGAAAGCACUCGCAAAAAUACUUGGCUGUUAUGCAAAGUUACCUGCUGGACGUACACUGGAAGGUCUCGCAAUACUUACUGGUGCACCAUGUACAUUUCUCGAUCUUGAAAGCUGCACGGACCACGACCUUAUUUGGGCUCAUCUUCUUAGCAUGAGGGAAGCAGGUUUUAUUAUGGGUUGCAGUUGUGGUAGUGGAAGACGCUAUGUAGAUGAAGCUGAGUUUAAACGCGUAGGUUUGCAAAUACGGCAUGCAUAUUCUUUGCUGGAUGUCAAAGAAUAUAAAAAUCAAAGACUUGUUCGCUUGCGAAAUCCAUGGGGUACAUUUACCUGGAAUGGACCUUGGUGUGAUACAUGGUCAGGUUGGGAUGAAUCAAGUCGUCGUAUUUUGUUACCAAAUGGUCCGGAACCAGGAGCGUUCUGGAUACCUUUUCUAGAUUUUGUGCAGCGAUUUGAUUCUGUCGAAGUGGCUAAGGUACGGUCAGCACAAGGUUGGAAAGAACUUCGGGUUGAUUGUUCGAUAUCCCAGUUUUGGGGUAAAGAAAACAUUUUAGGUUUUCAACUUCAAAUCGAGGAACCUACAGAAUUAGCCAUUACCGUUUAUCAGAAAGGGUCUCGUGAUCGAUGUGAUAGUGAUAUAAUGGUUUUACUUCAUAAAAAUGGUCCUUGUGAUACGCAAAUAGGUGAACUUAUCGUAAGAUCAUUUCGCCGCAGUGUAGCAUUUGCAAGCACUCAGGACGUUUUUUUAAAUGGCCCGGCUUUGUACACUAUACUUGCUAUAUCUUUUAGUAAUAUGUCUGAUCCAGUUUCAAUUGAAACUGUUGUUGCCCUUCAUAGUGCAAAAAUGGUAAUGAUGGAAGCUUAUUGUUUUUCAUCAUCAGUUAUUGCACAUUCGAUGAUUGAAAUGUGUUUAAAAGAGGGCCAAAAUGCACCGUGCUUAGAUGGUACAGUUGUUCGUUAUGUGUCGAAGGACUUUGGUGGACAUAUAUUGAUGGUUGAAAAUCAUCAUCACCGGCACUUUCUACACGUUUAUUGCGAUUGUUCGCAGUCAACUAAUGUACUUUCAACACGUGCAAGUCUUACUUCAUUAGAUGUAAUACCACCAAUGCAUCGCCAGAUUUUAAUGUUGCUCACGCAUUUUGAAAUGACCCAAAUGUAUACCAUUCAUCAUAAUCUAAAGCAACGUGUUUCGUGGUCACGCGGUUUGCAAGAUUGGCUAUCACUUGUGCCCAGUGAGCUCUCUCUGCCCCCGUCUACGGAACAUGUUCCAGUAAUUCAAAGUCCGUGCAUAAAUUCACUUCAUAAACCUCGUAGAAUUGGGUGA